UCAACAGAAGGCCUUUAUUGCUCCUAGUACUGGCUUUAACCGUACAAGCCUGGCCAGCAUGCUGGAUGACCCCCAAGUGAGGAGCACCAAAUGACUGGAGAGACAACCAGAUCCAAGACCAGACUUGAUCCAAAUACUGCAAAGUCCAUCCUUCAGGUGCUGAAUGCACCGUGGACGCCUACUUGCGGGAUGGAAACUCAGCUGCAGUUAUUAACAGACCCUCACUCACAGCCUGCUUUUAGCAGCUGAACCUGCCCAAGAGGGCUGAGGUGGGCUGGGCUAGGUUAGUGUGUUUUGCUUGAAACCCAUGCUGCAGUAGUUACAGAGUCACAUAGCUGCUGUUUUCACGUGAGCUCACAUACGGCAGUAGUGGCUGAUCAUUUGAUGCCUUGCCGUACAGCACUGAAUUGGCUGGCCUGCUGGAAAGCACUCCUGCCAGAAUCCUUUCUCCUUUUUUUUUAAUCCAGUAAAACCAACAAAACAUGAAAAUAAUUGUGGCCACACCCAGGAAUUAGUGGUAUAAGCUUAAAUUUCCCCCACGCUGCUCCUCUGAAAGCUAGAAACAAAUAACAGCGCUCAGUCAAUAGCCCGCCAACUGAAACAGCAUACUCAUGGAAAUCAACUCUGUAGCACAGCUUCAAAAGAGUUAAUACCAAAAGCUUCUGCUCAAACACCCAAACUCAUCUUGACCGGCACACAGCUCACUCACACGGCCUCAGCAUGGCUUGGAGCUGUAACACGAAGGUUCAACUGGGAAGCAUAUUUCUCUCAUUCUUUGGAUGGGUCUCAUCCUGCGUUACAACUUUCGUGCCGCUCUGGAAGAACCUCAACCUGGACUUGAAUGAAAUGGAGAUCUGGACCAUGGGGCUCUGGCAAGUCUGCGUAAUGCAAGAGGAAGGGAUUAUGGAGUGUAAAAGCUACGAGUCGUUCUUGGCUCUGCCCUUGGACCUGCGGGUGUCCAGGAUUUUGAUGUCCUUCUCUAAUGGAUCGGGACUUCUUGGAGUUUUGAUUUCCAGUUGUGGGCUGGACUGUUGCAAGGCAUGGGAAGAAAAAACCUCUCUAAAGAAACAGCUAGCGCUUUGCGGAGGAGUGAUUUUUGGCAUCUCAGGAAUUAUGACCCUCGUUCCAGUUUCCUGGGUCGCUUAUACCACUGUGAAUGAAUUCUGGGAUGAAACCGUCUCAGAAAUUGUACCUAGAUGGGAAUUUGGGGAAGCAAUGUUCUUGGGCUGGUUUGCUGGAUUUUUCCUGGUAGUAGGUGGGCUGCUCCUCAUCGCCUCAAGUUGUGUGAAAGGGACGGAAAUGCCAUCAAUGCCCUUAGCAGCUUGCCACGAACCAACGCUGCAAGAUCCAGUAGCAACGCGACACGGGAGGCAACACUCGCACCCCAAAAAUGCAGAUCUGGUAAUUUAAGACUUUCAGCACAGGAUUCUCUACAGCUCUCUAAUUGUUCAGAUUUUGAGGCAGUUCUCAUAAUUAUUAGCUACUUUUUUGUGCAUAAGGAAUGAUUAAGUCUUGCAAUUGGUCUUCUCCUCCUGUGUGUUUGAAACUUUUAAAGAGCAACCGCUUUUCCUUUGACCCUUGCAGACUGAGCCUUGAACUACCGAAUCAACAAGGUGAACACAGAAAACUAACGAGCACUUCAUAUCUCUAGUGACAAUUUAAAUGCAGCAUUUUAUUGAUUAUUCUAUUUGAGCAUCUUUGAACAUUUCUGAUAUGAAAGUAACAUUUGUACACAGUUCUGAUAGUUCUUGAUCCUUCAAUGUCCAUUGUAGGGAGAAAAAGGUGAGGGCGGGGGGGGGAGAGAAGGAAGAGGUAAGUUACAUCUAUUCAUAGGAAUGAAUUCCACCACAAGUUAUUCAAUUUUAUGGCAACAUGUUUCUGUGCUCUCAAAAAGUAACUGCAUCCUGAACAGCAUAAAAGGAGAAGAUUUUAGCAAGAUUUUAGCUACAGAGCAAUGCUGCAGUAAAGUGGCAUCUUUUUGUUCAUCUAGCAAAAAAUUUCUUAUAGAAAGCCAGUUUAUACCAAAAAUCAAUUUUCCAUGUCUAUGAAAGAUGUGAAGUCAGUGGCAGAUUUCACCCAUAUAUUUACUACUCAGUGAAAUCAUAAAAAUAUCAGAUCCACAAUUAGAAAACUAUCCAUUUUAAUUCUUUUUUAGAUCACUUGUGUAUAACAAUUUUAUUUGAACUGUUCCUCUGAAGAUCUUCUAAAUUUUCAUUUGGCACGCGCGCGCACACACACACACACACACACACACGCAUUUGUAUGCGCUUACUGGUACUACAAAGAGUUAUAUGGAAUAAAGCUGUUAAAUACUUGUUUUAGCCUGAUCAGGAGUAAAUGUGAUGCUACAGAACUAUUCAACAACUCUGUUUCGUUCUUUUUAAAACCUUUGCUUAAGAUAAGGUCUGUGACAAUGAGAUCAAAGCAAGAAAGCUCCCAUCCAAAACCAGAAUUCUUUGGAGAAACAAAGAAGUUCACUUUUGGCUUUAAAAGUUUGUUUUUGUAAUCUUCUCUUUGUCCCAGUGGAGAUACCAUUAUGCAUAGAGCAAGGUUAUUCGCAGAGAUUUUCCUAGCCUGGCUGAACCCCGGACAUUUUAGAAACAUUGCAGACAGGCCAAAGAAUGAUAUUGAGGAAGCCUGAUCUUUCUGAAUAAUCUACCCUCCCUCCACCUCCUUGAAAUGAUGCAGUAUUUCUUUAAUGAAUGGGAAUUUUGCUUGCAUGGAUAAUUGGGGAUGCAGUCUCACACUCACAGCUUAAUCCACAUCCACAGAAGAACUCUAACAGGAUUGGACCAGGUCCCAAGUGUGUACAUAUUAGAACCUUAAACCUCAUGUUAAAAAGAACUGAAAGGAACCCACCGAAAAUGCUGACGGACAUUCUGCUUCAGCCAAUUCUGCUGCUUGCCGUUGUCGGUUGAGUUUGCACAGAACCAGGAUUGCUUCUGCCACUGACUUUGCCUCCCAAAAGCAACCCCCUUUCCCUCCCUGCUGCCCCACACCCAGUCAAAACUCUGCAUUUGUGGCAACAGGGAUGGUUGCCGUGGAAAUUGACAACAGACAAUUCAGGGGCUGUAUGAGCAGCAGCGGAGAGUCUUGUUUCUGUAAUAAGGAUGAAGAGAUGCAAAAUGCAGCGGGCCAGGAGGACAUGCUUGCCUGGUGGAAUGUGCUUUUCAAAGAUUCACACACACGGUUCGCUGCUUUCCAGGGACCUGCCAAAACGACAAAGGCAAAGGAGACUCUCGGAUGUCGGGUGCUACUGUCAUCUGCACCCCUGGGAAAUCAACACGGAGAAUAAUGGGAAGAGAAAAGUGAGAGUACAGAAUUGUGGUGACAGUCCAGAUUUUUUAGCUUCCGUGGGCUAAAAGCUUGUGGCUUUAAAGCUUGUUUGUGUUUGUGGCUUUAAAGCUUGAUCCAAUGUCAAUGGGAGGAUUUCCAUGAAAUUCCCUGGGCACUAGCUUGGGCUCUUCAAGCAUAUAUGUGUUAUAAUAAACAGGUCCUUUAAUUUCCUAAUAUCUGAUGUUUGCUGUGUGGCGGUUGGAGAUCUGUUGGUUAUUAUAUUUUUGGCAGUAGUUUAAUGGGGCAGGGAAAUAUCCCCAUGAGUAUACAAAGAGCGACAUUCUAUACACGAGGAUGCGAAUGGGGGAAAUCCUAUUUGGUCGCAAUAGCUUUCUGCAGGGCAAUGACUUGUAUGGUUAUUGUACAGACGGGGUCUUUAAAAUGACACAUCUUCUACGAGACUCCCAACAUUGUACAAGGGAUAAGAGAGAGUCCACAGUGGUGGUGAAUGGCAAAUAUUGUUAUCAGAGUCACGGAGUAAAGACAUGACGAGAAAUUACCUGUGUGGCAAAAUAGAUGGAUACUUGGAGGACAGGGGAGACAAAGAGUUAGCGAUAGUUCAGACACUAUGCUCCUCCCAUAACACGCCAGACUUGAAACUACCAAAAACAGAUUUCGGGAGUGAUUUGGAACUAGAUGAUGAUAGAGUAAUAGCCAGGCUAUGAGAGAGUCACUACCAGCCCACCUUGCAAAAGCAAGCCCUGUAGGACAAUAUAAAAAACACAAAUAAGGCCAGGAAGUUGAAAUAUCAAAGGCCCUUCACUCCUUGCACUCUUAACCUGGGCCUAUAAACGUCUAUCUUCAAUUUGCCCAUCGAGUUUCCAUCUGGGAGGUAUUUUAUUUUUACAGCUGUGUUUUGAACUGUUGGAAUAAAUCUAUGUUUUGCUAGGGAAAUGCUAACAGAAGCUUAACUAUAAAAAGGGUAAUGGUUCUGCUAUAAUGUAGAUUGAUGUUAGCAACUGAAUAUGAAACUCAAAGAUUUCAGUCCCAAAUGAAUAAACAGUUUGGCUGGAGGAUCUUACAGUGUUUCUCCCCCCCUCUUUGCUAAUUUAAUCCAACUGAAUUAUUCACUGCAGAAUCUUGGAAAUGGCUGCUUCCUGAAGGCAUUCUGCAUAUAUAAAAUGUACUGCAAAAUGACUUCCAAUACAAAGUGGGGCUCUCUAAAGGAAUCAGUUUUGGGUGGCCUGUCCUAAGAAGGAGGCUUCAAGAGAAACCAGGUAGCAUCAAUAAGCAGCGUGUGUCAACUUCUUUGGAAUACGUACAGUGGAGAACAAGUGGGUGAAAGAGCUUCAGGUAAUCCAACGUUCAACAUGGGUGAAUUUCACCCAGAAGUAGGAUACAGAAAGUUUCUCUACAAGUGGCUCCAUUUGUCUAGGCCUCAAUUUUUGUGAAAUGGGCUGAUGUCUGACAGGACAAAGGAUACAGCCCCAAGGAAGGAUUCAAGAAAUUUGUCUCCAAUUGAAAAGCUAAUCCAGAGUAAAGGGAAUGUGCAACUACAUUUAUAUGAUUUAUCUUGAAACUAAAAACAAACACACACACACAGACACAAAACAAGCCAGGAGAAAAAUUCAAAGCAGCAACGCAAAGCUACUAAAAAAUUACAGCUAGCUUCACCCUUCUUUAACUUACAUUAGGACGCAAGAGACUCUGAUGCACUGACAACUAUAGCAAAAACAAUAAGUGCUUAUGCUGGUUGUUUUAAAACCCUAGGUUUGUUGCUAACCAUUUUUAACCCCAGGGUAGAACGUGACUAGUACCAUAUUUUUUCUGUAUCUUUCCUACAAUUUAGAGUAUGUUAAUAUGUGAUUAGAAACAAUAGUGUUGCCAAGUCGUUAGUGACAGAUUUGUGCAAAGUCAAUGACUGAUGGAUUGAAUCAACAGUACUACCUUUAGUUAACAACUAAAGAAACCAAACAGGACCAUUUGCUUUAAAUACACAGACACAAAAUCCCCAGCACACAGCCCCGCAAAAAAAAAAAAAAAAAAAGCAAACCACCCACCAUACACAAACAAAGCAUAGAACCCUCUGCCACUAGAUGUCAUUCUUUCUUCACUGAGGAACUAGCACCGGUUUGGCAGGCCGGCCUCAAAGCUAUCUUGUAGGUUCAACCUUUGUAAUUUACGAAAGAUUAAAAUGAUCUUGUGGGCCAAUGUUCUCAUUUCUUCUGUUCAUUCCAAGGCACAGAAGUGUUGUAAAACUUGACGGCAAAGGAAAAAAACCAGAGAGGGAGCUAUUUCACAUCUAAAAUAGAACAAAUGGUUUUAUUGCACAUUUAUAAAACCUGCAUAGUCCUAUCAAAUAGGAAUUCUUUCCCCCAUUUAUUCAGAGCAUUUUGGUUUCAACAAUUUUGUCAUUCAAAUAAAACAUAGGCUGCCCUUAAAAAGUGUUCCGCUGUGGUUCUGUCCCUCACUCCCCCAGUAAAUUUUUACAAAAAAAAUUACAAAUAUACACGCUUUAACGUUAUUGUCCACUGCUCAAUUUUUUCACCAAUAACCUUGGUGGAGAAGGAAGUAUUUUCAGAUCUGAGAGAGGAAUUCCCUUUGGGGCUUUUAUUUCCUUUAGCUAGUUAGUAAUUAUCAUCACAGUGAUACGGUGCAGAAGACAAUCUUUUAAAAUUAGGUUCCAUCAUAUGUCAGUAUUUGCUUGUCUGUCACAAAAAGAGCCCUGCAUAUUUGUUUGACAGGUAAAAA